ACUGCCACCGGCCGCCUUCAUCGUUUCGCGCGUCGCCGUGCCGUCKUCACCGCAGUCGUUGUUCGUCGUCGUCGCAUGCACACUGUCGCACCUCGCACGCAUCACCACGCCGCAGCCGCCGCCGUAUUUAUAUUAUUUCAUCACUCCGAGACGUGCCGCAAUGUCGCCAGUACGCGGUUGACGAGUUGCCGCCAAAACUAUUGACAAUCAAAAAUAAUAAUCAUAAUAUUGUCGUUUUAAUUGCGCAAGACGAAUCGUCCAACAUCAUCUUUAUCGUCAUCUCGAGACGCGUGCGAUACAAGUUCGCCGGUGAAAAAAAUAAUAUUCCGUCGCCGUUAUUAUUCGCGUCCGGCGGAAAACCGCACGAUUAUGACCAGAAACCGUUUGUCGUCGUCGUGGCCUCCCACGCCGCUGCUGGCCUUGGUUCUACUCGCCGCCGUCGUUACAGACGCCACGGCCAAAGAACCAUCGCUGAUCAUCCGACCAACACAGCCGAAACAGGUUAAGCCGAUUGGCUCGUCUUUGAUAUUGAAUUGCCAGCCUGACGUCGAUCAACCAGAAUUCAUCACGAAUCUCAAAUGGCUAGAUCCGCAGAACAGGACGAUCGAUCAGACCUCGACCGCCGGAGCGCACGUGACCACUACGUUUACUUCCAGCAACAAUUUGGGGCUGGUGAUAACUGGUCUCACCGAAGCCGAUGUGGGAACGUACACGUGCACAGCCACCUACUCAAAUUCCGAAUAUCUGGUUCGCAGCGUGAUCAUCGACAGUUUCUACGAUAUCACGUGGGUGGACGCCCCCACCGAACAAUAUCCGAUCGCCGGAACUAGUUACAAAGUGCGCUGCAAAGUCAAGGCCAAUCCCGCGCCUCUGGUCGACUGGUACAAGGAAGACACCAGGAUUCAAGACGGUAACGGAUUCGUCAAGGACAUUGACGGUCUGCUGAUCCAAAACGUCACCGCUGAAGACGAUGGCCUGUACAAGUGCCGUGCCAUCGUGUUGGACACKGGUAACAUCCUGGACAGAGACAUCAGAGUCGAGGUUCACAUCCCGCCGACGUUCGCUCCCGACCAAGUGUCCCAGCUGGAAGUGGUCGAGGGUGAGAUGGCCAGCGUGAGAUGCGCGGCCAACGGUAAGCCSGAACCCAAGGUGACGUGGAUACACAUGCCGGAUCAGCGAGACUUGAGCGAGGGCACUGAAAGGUAUUCUGUGAACAAGCUGACGGGUGUGUUGAGCCUGAACCGUAUCAGCCGCACCGACAACGGUCAGUUCAAGUGCGUGGCCAGCAACGCAGCCGGUCAGAUCGAGCGGUUGGUCAACGUGGUCGUGCUCAUUAAGCCYGAAGUGCUKGAUGUAACCAACGUGUCCGUGCCCAUCAACACCGAGGCCAGAGUCAAGUGCACUGCAAACGGCAACCCACUGCCGUCGAUCAUGUUCAGGAGAGUGGGCACGAACGUCGUCAUAAAAUCGGGAAUCGAAGACUAUCGCAUUAGCGUGGAGCACGACACCGUUGGGGACUUGGCAACGGCYACUCUUGUGAUUAAACACCUGAACCGAUCCGACGAUGGACUGUACACGUGCAUCGCGCUGAACAAGGGCGGCGAAGGGACGAAAAACGGACAUCUGACCGUCGAGUUCCCGCCAGUGUACGCCAGCAACAUGGUGAAGGAGGUGUGGACGUGGAACCGGAUGCCAGUGAACCUGUCGUGCAUUUCCGAGUCGCUGCCGAACGCUUCGAUCACGUGGAUGCUCAACAACCGUUUCGUGGAGGACGACAUCAACGUGCAGAAGUUCGGCAAGGGCCCGUAUAGCAACCUGUUGGUGACACCGGUGGAUCAGCACUACUACGGCGUGUACUCGUGCCUGACGAAGAACAUUCACGGCGAGAACACCGCGCAAAUCACUCUCCGGGAAGCUCACCGUCCGUCCAAAGUGUCUCAGACCAAGUUCGAAGUCAUCACCGCUACGACGAUUUCAUUUGGUUUCGUGAGCCCGACAGACACGGGAGGUAUCAAAAUCAAAGCUUACGCCGUCCAGUACAAGGAGGUGAAACAGUCGUGGGAUGAAGGUCGCAACAAGUCUUGGCCAGUGGACACGCCCUACAUACUGGAAAAUCUGGAAGCGCACAGGACCUAUACAUUCAGGUUUGCCGCCAUCAACGACGUGGGUACCAGCGACUGGAGUCCCGUGGAACAGCGCACCAUGCCCAAAAGGAGUGCUCCCGAGGAACCAAAAAUAUUGGUCAACAAGGACGUGUACACCGAUGAUUACAUCAACUCGCCUUAUGGCAACAGCUACGAAGUGAACUGGAAGAUUCCGGCCGACAACGGGGAGCCCAUAAACCUGUACAACGUUCGGUAUUGCGUAGCCGAAAAGAUAAAUACCAUGUGGGUAACCAGAGCAGAAUCGUGCCGGAGCGAGGACCUCAGGUCUCCGGACAAGACUUCGUUUUUGAUGGACAACCUAAACGCCGACACGUUUUACAGAGUGGAAGUCAGAGCCCACAACGAAAUUGGAUUUAGCGUACAAUCGGAACUCGUCUUCAAGACUGCCACCGAGCAAACCGCAAAGGUGGCCGUCAUCAACGCGGCGGCGACCGUUAACCGAUUGGCCGUACGCGAUUGUAUUGUCGCCUUGUCGGCAUUGAGCUUAGCUGCUUCCUUUGGCGGCAACCGCUGGUGGUUGUGCUAAAAAAUAAAACUCAUGUGAAACGUUUUUAGCAUAAUAAUAUUAUUAUUAUUAUUAUUAUCAUUAUUAAUU